UCCUGGCGCACCAAUCGGGAGUGAGAGAGCAUUGGUGCUCGCCCGCCCUUCCGGCCUGAGCUCUAUUUACCAGGGGCGUGCGGCCGGUUUACCAAUCAGAGCGCGGCUGAGCGGCCAAGCAGCCAACCCCGGAGGAGCGGCCGGCCGGCGUCCGCCGCACCCAAGAGUUGGGGAUGUCCUACAAACCCAUCGCCCCCGCCCCUAGCAGCACCCCCGGCUCCAGCACCCCUGGGCCCGGUACCCCGGUACCUACAGCCGGAAGUGUCCCAUCGCCAUCAGGCUCGGUGCCGGGAGCCGCUGCCCCUUUCAGACCCCUGUUUAACGACUUUGGACCGCCCUCCAUGGGCUAUGUGCAGGCAAUGAAGCCACCCGGAGCCCAGGGUUCUCAGAGCACCUACACGGACCUGCUAUCGGUCAUAGAGGAGAUGGGCAAAGAGAUCCGGCCUACCUAUGCUGGCAGCAAGAGCGCCAUGGAGCGCCUGAAGAGAGGCAUCAUCCAUGCCCGGGCCCUAGUCAGAGAAUGCCUGGCAGAGACAGAGCGGAACGCCCGCACGUAACAGGACGCAACUCCGCCACCGAGUCUGGACCUUUCCUGGCCACUGCAGAGCACCUGCUUCUCCCUGGCCUUCACCCCGAGUUGCACUUCCCAACCUGGGCUUCCUGUCCUGUGUCCUUUGGUGGGUGCCCUCCAGGAACCAGGGGGGCUCUCACUUCAGUCGACAGCACUGACUGGGACUCUUUCAAGAGUUAGUAGCGAGGUCGCUGUGAGUCCCACCCAUGACCUGCCAACAGUGUUGAUCCAACUGGAGCUUGCUCCUUUCUGUGGCCCCCACCACUCAGCACUUACCCAGGACUUUUCACCACUUUUCCCAGACUCCUCCCCUAGCAGGGCCUCCGAAGGCCUGUCACCUCCCUGCCUUGUCUCCUGGGCCAUAGCGACUCUUUUUUCAGUGUCUUUUGCUAAGUAUGCCCUUUUUGUAUAAAUAAAAGAUAAUUUGGAGUUGUUCUCUCA